AUGCAGGUCCGUCUCCCGGCUCUGUCAAGGCGGCGUAGCCUUGCAGUAGUCUUUGGAGGGGGACGUCCCCACGACCUGGGCGAGAUGCUGGCCUGGCCGGGCUCUUUGCAUGUUGCUGGCGCUGCUGCUGCUGCUGCUGUUGCUGUCGUUUGCUGUUGUUGUUGUUGUUGUUGCUGUUGCUGUCGCUGGCCACUGAGUGAUGGUCCACCGAGUCCCGCGUUGAUCUCCAGGGCCGCCUGCGACGACAAAGACCAGGUUGCUCACGGCCGUCACGCAGCGCCGUCGCCCAUUCGCCCACUCGCCCAAUCGCUCACUCGCGCCCAGUUCCAUUUGCACUGCCCAAAACGCCGGGUUGCCAAGUGCGGUGACAGCCGGGAUCCCAUCGCAAGGCCGUGGCAGUGGAGCGCCCGCAGCGCCUGCUCAUUUCUUGCUUCUGCCACUGCUGCUGUGAUCGCCAAACGACGACAUCUCGCCUUGGCCGCCGUUGGGCUCGAUACAUACACGCACUCUACUGCAGACAUACACCCCCCCCCUCGCCAGCUGCCUUGGGUCUCACGCCGCCACCGCCGCCCUCGCCCUCGCCGUCGCCGCUGCCGCUCACCAGGCGCACGACCGUUGUUCACGAGCCGCCGCUCAUCUCACCACGCUCGCCCGUCCCCGCCAGUCCGCCAGUCCAGCCCGCGGGUCCCUUCUGGUCGCCCGCCCAAGUCCCGCCUUUCCUACGAUCGCGGUGCAGUGCGCGCACAUUGUGAACGUCCAUCAUCCCCGUGCCCUCCGCACUUGCUGCCCGCCAUGAAGUUCCGCCGGUCCAUGAAAGGAGACAAGGAUGCCCACCGCCCGCACCAUAUUUCCAUUCCAGCCAAGGAUGCCAUAGCCAUCGUGCCGCCCAAGAAGGUCAUAAAAGCCCGCUACGACUACAGGGCCACCGACCCGAACCAGCUCAGCUUCUCCCAGGGCGACUUUCUCCACGUCGUCAACCGCGAGAACGACCCGGACUGGUACGAAGCCUGCAAUCCCCUGCACGGCUCUCGCGGCCUUGUCCCUGUCUCGUACUUUGAGGGCGUAGGAAAGACUGUGCGCGACAGCGCUGGCUCUGCACCCCGUCAAUCCGCGCAAACCCAACCACACGACUCCGGCUACCAAGAGCCGCUGCGAGGCAUCGGCAGCCCCAAUCCCCCGAACACUGCAGGCAUGAUGCAGAACAUGAUGAGUCAGCAAAUGCGCAUGUCGCAGUCUGGCAAGACAGGGGCCAUGGUCUACGGCAUCGUCAUAUACGAUUUCAAGGCCGAGAGGCCCGACGAGCUGGAUGCAAAAGAGGGCGAGGCUAUCAUUGUCAUCGCACAGUCAAAUCCAGAGUGGUUCGUCGCGAAACCCAUAACACGACUUGGAGGGCCUGGUCUGAUUCCAGUGUCGUUCAUCGAGAUCCGCGACAUGACCACCGGCCAAGCAGUACCAGACGCCCAACAGGCUGUGUCUGCGGCAGGCGUACCCAAGGUGGAGGAAUGGAAGAAGAUGGCGGCAGACUACAAGAACGGUAGCAUACCGCUCGGUAAGCUCGAGACAAACUCGCAGCAGUCGUUGCAGGCUGGCAUGGAGCGCAUGAGUCUAGGUGGAAGAAGCCAGACACAAGGCAGGAAUGGCUCGGUUUCCCACUCACGCUCUGGAUCGGUUGCUAUGCAGGGAGGUCAGAGUCGCUCCGACCAGCUGUUCGCCCCUUACAAAGCCUGCGUGCCGCGUUACUGUUUUGCUGACGACAUCUUCUGGUUCAUCAUUGAAUGUCAAAUGGAAGAUGGCAGCCAUUGGGAACUACAGCGAUUGUACCAGGACUUUUACGACUUGCAGAUUCAGCUCAUUGCAACAUAUCCUGUGGAAGCUGGCACCAGUGGUCAGGGAGAGCGCACACUGCCCUUCAUGCCUGGGCCUGUGACCUACGUCACCGACAACAUUUCGAACGGCCGUCGAGCGAAUCUCGACGAAUACAUCAAGAACCUACUCAAGCUUGGACAGCACAUUACGCACGGCCAGCUGGUCAAGGGUUUCUUUGCGCCAAGACAGGGUGACUACGAGAUCGACCCGGACAUUCAGGCCCAGGAUGACUACAGGUUGUCACAGCAGUCUGGACAAUCUUCCAACCAUUCACAUGGUGGAUCAACAAGCAGACAAUCAUCUGCAGACCAGCUGCAGGCCACUACACCAGUGACCCCGUAUUCGACAGGCUCGUAUGGCGCUCACCAGCGCGGUCAGUCCUCAGCCUCGCAGGCAUACUCGUCAUCGCUCAAUCCUCCACCGAUGAACCACCAGCAUUCUUCCGCUUCAACCGCAACGAACACGGGCACAUCAUCAGCUCUCAAGAUCAAGGUCUGGUUUGAGGAGGACAACUGCGUCGUCAUUCGCAUGCCAGUAUCUCUUCGCUUCGCCGACCUGUACAACAAACUCAGGGAAAGGAGACGAUUAGAGAGGCCUGAUGAACGUGACGAGGAUUUGAUUGUUGAGUACCGUGACGAGAUGGAGGGUACCUUUUUCCCUAUCGAGAACGACGAAGACCUGCAAAUUGCGGUCGAGAGGAACCCGAAGCUGACUCUUAGCGUUACAACGGCGAGGUAA